AUGUCGGAGGUAAAGACUGCCCCCAACGUCCCCGCUUACCAGCCUGGCCAAGGGAAGAAGGAAGUUGUCGCGAAUGUAUUACUCGCCGAUGCCUUGGCCCAGGCCAAACCUAAUCCAUGGACUGCGAGGAUGUUCAAGCUUUACUUCUUUCUGCUUAUUGCUUUCCUGAAUUCGUGUAUCAAUGGAUACGAUGGUUCAUUGAUGGGGGGUAUCAACGCGAUGAAGACCUAUCAAAGGUGAGCUUACUAAUUACCAAGCGAUAGCUGAGCUAUCCGCUAAUUCCCCGGCAGUUAUUUCAAUAUGAAGGACGUUGGAAGCAGCACCGGAUUGGUAUUCUCCAUUUACACCAUCGGUAACAUCGUUGGAUCGUUUUUCUGCGGCCCGUUCACAGAUUGGUGGGGUCGAAGAUGGGGUAUGUUCAUUGGCGCCAGCAUCAUCAUUCUCGGAACCUGCAUCCAGGCUCCUUCCACUAGCAAGGCAAUGUUCAUUGGUGGCCGUUUCAUUCUUGGUUUCGGUGUUGCUACUUGCGCUACUGCCGUAAGCUUUCAUACCCUGCAUCCGUCGGGCGGCAAAAGCUAAGAAACUCCAGGGUCCCUCAUAUGUUGCUGAGAUGGCCCAUCCCGCUUGGCGGGGAACCAUUACAGGCCUGUACAACACCUUUUGGUUUGUUGGUGGUGUUCCGGCAUCGUGGGUCCUUUGGGGAACUGAGGGUGUGUUUUGCUCUAUGCGCCCAUUAAAAUAGAGGUUCUUAUUGCUAACUUUGUCUCGAGGCAUCAAGGGCGAUCUCUCAUGGAGACUUCCCAUCUGGCUUCAAGCCGUUGCUUCUGGUGGUGUUAUCAUUGGCUGUCUCUUCUGUCCUGAGACUCCCCGUUGGCUGAUAUCCAACGACCGCCACGAGGAGGCGCUCGAGAUCAUGACCGAGUUCUACGGCGAGGGCGACCGUGAGUCACCAAUAGUCCAGCUGACAUACAAUGAAAUGAUUCGGGAAAUCACCACCGAAGGAUCAGAUAAGCGCUGGUGGGAUUACAGAGAUCUCUUCAACUCAAGCAGCUCAUGGUGGCGUAUGUUCUGUGUUAUCGGUAUGGCUUUCUUCGGACAAUGGGCUGGGAACGGCGCCAUUUCCUACUUCUUGCCUGUACUUCUCAAGGCCGUCGGUGUCGAGAGCCCCAAGACCCAAUUAGUGUGUUUCCAUGCCCUUAUAGCCAGAAGCCCAGAUCUAAUAAUCUUCUUAGCUCUACAAUGCCAUCCUGAACCUCAUAUCCUUUGUAAUGUCCACAAUCGGUGCCCGCUUCACUGACCGUCUCGGUCGCCGCCCCGUCUUGUUGAUUGCUACAGCACUCUUUGUUAUCGAAUGGUCUAUUGUCACAGCAUUGACUGCUACUUACGGGCGCGAGGACAACACCAAUGAGAACGGAUCCCGUGCGGCUAUCGCCUUCAUUUACCUCUUCGGUAUCACCUACUCCUUUGCCUACACUCCCCUCCAAGCCCUCUACCCUGUCGAGUGUCUCUCAUUCGAGACUCGUGCCAAGGGUAUGGGGAUGUAUAACUUGUUCGUCAACAUUGCUGCUUUCUUGUAAGUAUACAUUUUAUUACCAACUCCUUCAUCGGAAUAUAUCACUAACAAUUCAUAUAGCAACACCUACGCCAUCCCAGUCGCAUGGGAGCGUGUUCAAUGGCGCUUCUACUACUUGUAUAUCGCCUGGAAUAUUUUCCAAGUCAUUUUCAUCUACUUCUUCUUUGUCGAGACCAAGGGCCGAACCCUUGAGGAGAUCAACGAGAUCUUUGACGCCCCCUACCCCAAGAAGAAGUCGUUGGAAAAGCACGUUGUUGUUAUCACCGAGCAUGGCGCUGCGGAGAAGUACUUUGGGUUGGAGACCCACGCGUAAAAGCAUCCAUAGUUCUUUCAUGAUUGGUUUUUAUUUUUAUUUUUUUCUUUUAGUAGAGUUUAUUGGGGUAAUUCAUUUUAGGGUUUUUUUUGUGGGGGGGAGAGAGAAAACGGGCGGCCGGUUCGGUUUUGCGUGGUUUGCUUUUUUGUGGCGAUUUGAGGUUUGGAUGUGCUGAUUGUAUCUUUUGGGGCCCUUGGGAGUUUGCUUAUUAGCUGUAUUACCGGAAUUCAGCCGAUCUUAAUCGUACCAUAA